GGGCGGCACACGCACGAGGCCGAAGUUCCCAUGACCUCGGCCUGGAGGUCGUCCACGGGCUGUACCUACAGCCCUGGGCACCUGGGCAGGCCUGAACAUAAGCAUGGACUCCCACAAGACAAGCCCACUUCGCAAAAUGUGUUUAAUCAGGAUAAAUAGAGUCCUGGGCAGGGUCCACCGGGGGUGCUCCAGCCUCAGACGGGCUGCAGACUCCCGUCACCUUCCCCGUGUCCCAGCGGGCCAUCUCCAGGCGGCAUCUGUGCCUGCAGGUCCAUGGGAACCGAGGGUGACAGGGUGACAGGGUUCCCGGGCUGCCAGGCCCAGCGCUGUCCUACUGGGCAUCCCAGUCGUCUGUGAAUACGGCCGGGGGCAUCACGGCCUCCUCGGUUCUACCAACCCUGCCAGAAAGCGGAGUCGGCAAGGGGCCUCGCUCGGGAGGCUGAGAAGCCCCACGGUCAUCCCUCUGGCCAGCCGAGGCCACAGGAUACCCAGCAGCCUUCCUCAGGAGCUGUUUCCAGGCCUCCCAGGGCUGAAAGGCUCUGGACAGAAGUGGAAGGAGCCGGACGAGGCCGAGACUCACCACCGGUGAGGAUGCCAGGAGCCCUUCCACAGGGGGAGCCCAGGUGCCCAGGAGGUGAGCGCAGGGACCCGCCCCUGGGGCCUCACCUCCACACCAGCUCCCCCAGAAGCGUGUCCAGCAGCGUGAAGAUGAAGUCCAUCACCAUGAGCCGGUACAGCUCCUGGCCCACAAAGUCCUCCCAACACUGAAACGGACGCGGCCUCAGCCCCCAGUGCCCUGGUGCCCCCCACCCCUGCUCCCCAUGCCCACCUCGGGGCCUCCAAUACGCUUGUAGACCGGGCCAGGAGCACAGUGUGGAGAAACGAGCAGAGAGAGGUCAGAGGUGGACUCUUAACUCCGCUUGAAAUGAGAUGCUGAGGCAGUGGUCGGUGCAGGCCUCAGGGGAGCCAGAACCUGAGCCGGCCGGCGAGGAGCUGUGGGAGCAGGAGAUGGAGCGGCUGUGCUCCUCCCAGGAACCUGUGCGGCUGCUGCCCUACGCCAUGGUGGACAAGCGCUUCAUCCGGCAGCUGCGGGAGCCCGAGGGGGUGAAGACCUCGUGCUGGCAGCAGUGGCGUCACAGGCAGCAGACUGCAGGACGGCGCCUGGGGGAGGCAGCACGGCGGCUGGCCCGGGGCUGUGGGCUCUGGGAGGGGGCUCUCUACGAGAUCGGGGGCCUCUUUGGCACCGGAAUCCAGUCCUACUUCACCUUUCUUCGCUUCCUGCUGCUGCUUAACCUGCUGACCCUACUUCUGACCACCAGCUUCGUCCUGCUGCCCCUGACCUGGCUCCGCCCCCCUGACAGAGGACCUGCUCUGAACUUCACCCUCCAGUGUCCUGGUGGCCACCAACCCCAGACUGGUGUUCCCAAGUUCAACAAUCUACUUUGGAAUGUUUUAACCGGCAGGGCCUUCAACAACACCUAUCUCUUUUACGGCGCGUACCGAGCGGGGCCUGAGAGCAGCUCAGUAUACAGCAUCCGCCUGGCCUACUUACUGAGCCCACUGGCCUGCCUGCUCCUCUGCUUCUGUGGGAUUCUACGGCGGAUGGUGAAGGGGCUGCCACAGAAGAUGUUCCUGGGCCAGGACUACAGGUCACCUCUCAGCGCCAAGGUCUUCUCUUCCUGGGACUUCUGCAUCCAGGGGCAGGAGGCAGCUACCAUCAAGAAGCAUGAGAUCAGCAACGAGUUCAAGGUGGAGCUGGAGGAGGGGCGUCACUUGCUGAUGGUGCAGCAUCAGACCCGGGCUCAAAGGGCCUGCCACCUGCUCACCUACCUGCGGGUCAACAUCCUCAUCGGGCUCCUGGUGGUUGGGGCCAUCAGUGCUAUCUUCUGGGCCACCAAGUACUCGCAGGACAACAAGGAGGAGUCCCUGUUUCUGCUGCUCCAGUACCUGCCCCCUGGGGUCAUCGCCCUGGUCAACUUUCUGGGUCCCCUGCUGUUUGUUUUCCUGGUCCAGCUGGAAAACUACCCUCCCAACACUGAGGUCAACCUCACCCUUAUCUGGUGUGUGGUGCUGAAGCUGGCCAGCCUGGGAAUGUUCUCCUUCUCGCUGGGCCAGACUUUGCUGUGCUUUGGCAGAAACAAGACCAGCUGUGAGUCCUACGGCUACAACGCAUGUGACUACCAGUGCUGGGAGAACUCGGUGGGGGAGGAGCUGUACAAACUCAGCAUCUUCAACUUCCUCCUCACGGUGGCCUUCACCUUCCUUGUCAGCCUGCCUAGGAGGCUGCUGGUGGAGCAGUUCUCGGGCCGGUUCUGGGCCUGGCUGGACCGGGAGGAGUUCCUGCUGCCCAAGAACGUGCUGGACAUCGUGGAGGGCCAGACAGUCACCUGGAUGGGCCUCUUCUACUGCCCCCUGCUGCCCCUGCUUAACAGCAUCUUCGUCUUCCUCACCUUCUACAUCAAGAAGUACACCCUGCUGAGGAACUCCAGGGCGUCCCCUCGGCCGUUCCGCGCCUCCAGCUCCAUCUUCUUCUUCCAGCUGGUGCUCAUCCUGGGCCUGCUCCUGGCCGCUGUGCCCCUGGGCUAUGUGGUCAGCAGCAUCCGCUCCUCCUGGGACUGUGGCCUCUUCACCAACUAUUCAGCCCCCUGGCAGGUGGUCCCAGAGCUGGUGGCCCUCCGGCUCCCACCCCCUAGCCAGCGCAUCCUCCACUACCUGGGCUCCCACGCCUUCAGCUUCCCCCUCCUCAUCCUGCUCAGCCUUGUCCUGACCGUGUGCGUCUCCCAGUCCCAGGCCAGCGCGAGGGCCAUCCGGGGGCUCCGGAAGCAACUGGUGUGGCAAGUGCAGGAGAAGUGGCACCUGGUGGAUGACCUGUCGCGGCUGAUGUCGGAGCCGGGCUCCGGCGACUCUCUGGGGCCUGAGUCCCCUCACUCCCGAGGUUCGCGCCCGAGAUCCUUCUGCCCCGGAUUCCCGUGCCCGGGCUCCCCGGGACCCAGGGCCUCCAGGCCGGAACCCUCCCUUGAGGAUCCUAACGGGUUGCGCGGUGUCCGGGUCCCCGCCCGUAGCUGCCGCUUCCCCAGCGGUUCGGAGCUGUAGCACCGACCCCCACCACCGCCCGGAGCUUCCCCAGGGCCCCGUGUGCAGCUCCCCACUUCCUGCUCCCUCGCCCCACGCUCGUGACCCCAGGUGACCACCGCCUCUCUCAGUGGGCCCUCCAGCAGGGUGCCCUAAGGUGGGGUGCAUAUACCUAGGGGCAUCAAGAAGAAAAUAUGGGAACUUGUAUUUAUAUUUUUAUCUCAAUCCUUAAAAGUUUCUAUUUUUGUUGAAUGUUUUGUAAUACGCAUAAUAUGUUAGUAUAGUAAGCCAUGAAUGCAGUUGCUAAAUACACAUCCAUGGGCAGUGCUCAGGAGCUGUUUACCCUGGGCAGUACCAUUAUAAAAGUCCAGAGACCUGCACCUGCGGGAAGGGGAAGGCCUGGCCGCAGUGAGAGCAAACAGUGGGGGCUUACUGAGCUCUGACUGCAGGCACCCUACACAACAUCCUGUAAUUCCUCCUUCACGUGUGAGACCACUGAGACCCACAGACGUUAUGAGUCAGCAAGGGGCAGAGCUCAGAUCUGACCUGCAUCAGGAGACACUCCGAGUGUGGGCCCCGGGAGGUAGCGGAGCCCGCUGCCCAGGAAGGCAGGGCUGCGUCCAAGAUUCCCAAGCCUCGGGUGCCGAGGCUGCAGAGGUUCUCAAUCUGUGGUUCUCAGCCUCGGAGAACUCCUGAGAAGCCCCGUCAGAUGCUGGCCCUGUGCCAGCGACUCUGACGCCAUUGGUCCAGGUGCAGCCAGCAGCCAGACAUCUGGACUUUCUAAAGCUCCCAGGUGACUCUCACCGGCAGCCAGGGUUGAGGAUUGCUGGCCUAAAGAGCCGUCAGGAGGGAAGGUCAGGAGAAACCCCAGGACGUGCUUGACGAGGCUCUACUUCCAGCAGCAGGAGGCCAGCGCCUGGCUGGAUUCCCAGCCUGGACACGGCAUCUGGGCGGCUCUGGCCCGGCGCCCUCAGUCCAGGGGCUUCACGUGGUCGUUGCAGUCUUGGCUGGUUCAGCUCCUCCUGUCGCUGUCCCUCUCUCUCACUCACCCAGCAUCCCAUGACCCAUCCGCCUGUCAACAAGUGCUGGGCCCUGUUUUGGGGCUGGUGGUGAGACUGCGGGAGACGCAGGGAGCUACGUGCUCAGCUUGGGGGGGGCAACCAGUCUGGCCCCAAAGAAGGCGAUACACGUUGUUAAUUAGCAGCUUAGGGUCAACGUGUGGUCCCGGACCACAGCACCAACAUCACCUGGGAACUUGUUAGAAAAGCCAGUUCUCGGGCCCCACCGCACCUCCUCUAAGGGUGGAGCCCAGCGAUGUGGUUUAAUGAGCCCCCGGGGGUGAGGCUGUUGGGUGCGAAGCGGGAGAACCUGCAGCACUGAGGCAUCCAGGUCCUUCUUAUCACCUUCACGUGCCUUCAGAGAACCCGCCAAGUGCAUCACCGGAUGUGAGGGGGACGAGCUUCAGGACCUUGAGGAACUCAAACUCGGGGCCUCAGUUUGCUUGACCAAAGCCUGGGGAUGACACCACCCUCCUCUGUGUGGCUGUGAGGACUGAAUGAGCGGUUACUUAUAUAGUGUCCUUCCUAGGAGAGCAGUUGAGGCCCUAUUACAACAUGGUCAUUGGCCUAACGGAGCAAAGUGGGACAGAUGGGAAGGGGCCCUGAUGGCCCUGUGACCGUGCCGGCCCAGCGAGGCAACCUGGGGCUCAGGGGGGAGCCAUCGCAGUCAGCAGGAGGGUUUCGUGGAGUGGGCGACUAGCGGGGCCUUGGGGGACGGAGGACUCGACCGGAGGUGAAGGCAGAGGAACGGCCUGAGCCACGGUGUAGAGACGGGCCGGGCGGGCCUGAGCUGUGGAAACUGGGACUCUGAGUCCUCUAGACUGGGCUCUGGGGCCCACGAGGACAACCAGAGUGAAGGCGGAACCAGCACACCUCUGGCUGGGCUUGGAGAGCCCGGGGGUCCGGUAACGUUGAGCGUCUACCAGCAGCAAAGAAGACACACGUGAGCAGGGAGAGGCCCGUGGGGUUAUUGCAGUAAGUGAAGCCAGGGUCUCUCCAGGUGCAGGAGCCCCAGUGCCUCCACCUUGGGGUGGGGGAGGGGGUCCCGGACUCUCCCCACCCAGCCCUGAGAGGGCUCCCAGCUACUCUGGCCAAGGCAGCCCAGCACAGAUUCCCACCCAGGGGACCCUCCCAGGAAAGUGCCGCAAGGAGGUGCUGGUAAGGCCAUUUAUCAUAGAGGAGACUGGCCCUCGGCAGGAAUCACGAAAUGUCAGUCUAGUGGGUGACAGGAGAGCUUUGAGGACACCCUGACUCCGCUCCAUCUAGGUGACCUGGGCUCACCUGGGGCAACCUACUCGGUGCUGUCACACCUGCAGCCUGUGGAGAAGAGGCGCAGAACAGCUCAGAGAAACAGCCCUCAUUUGGUGGGGCACACAGGUGAUGGCUGGAGAGGGGUAGUCGGGGUGAGGCAGUAGAGAUGCCCCCGGUCCCACCAAGGCCUGGGGGAAUUGUCCCUCGAGUCCACCCACCGUUCUCUGCUCUGACUCUGGCUCCCCAGACACACCGAUAAAAGGGGGAGGCUUCUCAUGAGCUGCCUCAGCUCGAAUCAGAAGCCCUGAGCACAACGUAGAGGAAAAACCUCGAGCUUCUGGGACUUCAGGCAACAGAUUGCCCACAGCUGAGGGGACGCUUCUGCCUGCCUUCAGUCGUCAGUUCCUUCCACGCACCCCUCCCGGCAGAGUGAGAACAGACUUUCUGGAAGGGAAUUUCGCUAGGAAAACUAAGAGAAGAUUAGCUUUUGCCCAAAUGCAGAGAGGUAGGUGGGUCCCCAGAGCACAUCCCCAGGGGUACGAGUCAGGACUCUGGGUGGCAAGGGACAGAUGCUGAUUCUUGCCCACUGAGGAGAAGGGACCACCAAGGUGACAAAGCCAGUCCUCAGGGGAGCUCCAGGACACUGUGCCCAGGCUUGGGCAGGGUCAUCCCACCAGACCAGCUUCCCAACACGCCCAGGCCUCAGUGGGUGCCCCUGAGCCGGGCCUAGGGACCCCAGGGCAGGGCUGUAACUGGCCUGCCUUGGGUCAGGUGCCGGUUCCCGGGCUGUGCUGGGGAUGUGAGUGCCACUGACCUGUGAGGCUCUGUAGGAGAGAAGAGCCCGCACAGGAAGCAAAUUGUUCCCUGGGGGUGGGACAUCCUCCCUGAGGAAGGCACCUGUGUACAAAUCAAAGCUCCAUGUUCUGUGAUAGCAGGAGAAAAACGCAUAUGCAGCUGUGUCAGUGUAGAAACAGGGAGUGUUUCAAUAAAGUCACUUCAUUCAUUUUUUUAAAAAAAAGCCUCUGUGGGAUUGGAUGGGUCCUAG